AUGCGAUACAGUUCGUAUACCCCCCUUAAUACACCAAGGGCGACAAUUUACUCGGUGCAUCAUAAUAGGGAAGGAUGGGUGAGGCCGAUUCCAAUGAAAGUGAAACCGAGGGAUGCCAAGAAAUACUGCAUGUUUAAUAGAGAUGUGGGUCACUAUACAGAGGAAUGUACGCAAUUGAAAGAUAAUAUAGAAGAGCUGAUAAGAAAGGGUCACUUAGCUCAGUACCGGCUGAAUGCGUGUGGGAGCCAGCCACCACCCCGACAAAUUGAAAGGCAGCAACUUGAAGUAAGGCCGAAAAGGCCACAGGGUAGUGUGAUCCGACAGGGAGGUGGAGGAAUGCCGUCGUUAUCAACGAGAAGAGGAGUUGAUGUGAUAGCCGGAGGGCAGGUACAUGGAGGAACGAUCAGAGGAGCAAAGGAGCACUUAUCAGAGCACCGCAAUAUAAUUAAUGCCCUGGAUACUGAUAGCCGCCCCAGGCCAAAUUCGAUCCCAGAUGUAAUAUUCACUGAAGAGGAUACAAGGGGAGUAGUCUUUCCGCAUGAUGACCCGCUGGUGCUGAUAACUAAGAUUAAUGGAGCUGACAUAAAAAGAGUUCUAGUGGAUGGAGGAAGUUCAGCAAAUGUUCUUUUUAUGAAGGCCUUUAAUGAGAUGAUGAUAGGAAGGUAA